UUCUUUCGGAUGACACGCUCUCUCAAUGGGAAACUGCUUCUGCUUAAAAGCUCGUACACCAGAAGAUAGAAGUCGGAUUUCCAACGUGUGGCGAGAUGGAGUUUUGGAUCCGAAGUCUUCUCUUCAUCACGGUGAAUCGGCCCCUCAAGAUACUAAUCUUUUGCCUGAUCCUGCAUUGCUAAGCACCGUCUCCUCCCUCUCUUCCAACAGCAUCUUCACAUAUGAAGAAAUAAAGAGAGCAACCGAUGACUUCUCAGAUUCUAACUUCCUCGGAAAAGGCGGUUACGGAUCUGUUCAUAAAGGAGUCCUCAAACAUGGGAAAAAAGUCGCGAUCAAGCGCCUGGAAUUUGGAGGAAGGCAAGGGGACCGAGAGUUUCAAGCAGAGGUUGAGAUCAUCACACGUGUCCACCACAAGCAUCUUGUUUCUCUAGUCGGAUACUGCAUCGGCGGUUCAGAGCGGAUGCUUGUUUAUGAUUUCGUUGCUAACAACUCCCUCAAUUUUCAUUUGCACGGUGAAGGCAGACCAACCAUGAAAUGGCCCAUUAGAUUCAAAAUUGCUUUGGGUUCUGCAAAGGGACUGGCAUAUCUCCAUACGGAUUGCGAUCCUCGGAUCAUUCAUCGUGACAUUAAGUCCGCUAAUAUACUUCUGGAUCAGAACUGGGAAGCCAAGAUCGCGGACUUUGGGCUUGCAAAGAUUUUUCCCCACGAUGAAACACACAUUGAAGUCAGUCGAGUAGCGGGAACUUUUGGGUAUAUUCCUCCAGAAUAUGGAGCCAAUGGUCAGCUCACAGCCAAAUCAGAUGUCUUCUCUUUUGGGGUUAUACUUCUGGAGCUGAUAACAGGAUUCCUUCCUUGUUUUAAGCUCCAAGGUUCCAGGGCUACUAACUUGGUAGACUGGGUGAAACCUCAUCUAGUAGAUGGCGACUACAAAAAGUUUAUCGAUCCAUACUUGGUAGGUUUUGAUGGUGAUGAGAUGAUACGGCUUAUCAAGUGUGCUGCUGCUUGUGUUCAUCAUGAUCCCCAAAGUCGACCAACAAUGAGUCAGGUAGUUCUGGUCUUAGAUGGGCACAAACCUGUUGACAUUCUGGAGGAAGACGUUGCAGCUGCAGAUGACAUCCAACGUUCCUUGACCAUGAACCCAGCCAUCUUGUACAAAGGCACUAAAACUAAAGAAGAAGACAGUGGAUCAACUGCGACCAAAACACUCAACCCAUCCACGUCAGGCAGACCAACCCCAGGAAGACAUGAAAUGGGAGCGACAAGCUUUUCUUUCCCUUACGGCUUCAAGGUUUUGUAUAGAAAGAAGGCAGUGAUCUUCCUCCAUGUACCUGUGACAUUAGAAUCUGGGAAUUUUAAUUGGAUUCUGUUAAUGAUCAUUAGGGUUUUCUCCAUUCCAUUAUCCGUCGUUCUUUUCUUCGACGAUCCCAAUGGAAAUAAAGUUGAGGAAGAAGUGGAGGAAAUAAAGGAAUAG